AUGACAGCGAAGGAGCCUAACCAUGGCGCCGCCACAAUUUACCAUCCGUUAGGGCCGCUGGCGGAGUUCGAGUUUGCGCAAACUGCAGCAAUAUUGCAGCCCAGCUGGCCAGAAGGCACCUCCCUCCACUUCAAGUCCAUGGUACUUCUUGAACCGCCAAAAGUCGAAUUGAUUGCCUAUCUUGACGCGGAAAGGAAUGGCCAGCGUCCGGUACCAUUGGCGCGACGAGCCUAUGUCGCAUACUACAUACGAAAUACGGACAAACUUCACGAAGCGCAUGUCAACCUGACCGAGGCUAAGGUCGAUCGAAACGUGCGCAUGGAGCCACAGUGCCAUGCCCCCAACGAUCCCGAAGAAACCUUCGCCAUUGAAGCUGCCGUGGUCGAACAUCCCAAGGUGCAGGCAGAGUUGGCAAAGCUCCACCUUCCUCCGGGGACACGGGUCGUAUGCGAUCCAUGGAUAUAUGGUUCGGAUAGCGCGAACAAAGGCAACCCUAAGGAUGAUGUCCGGCUUGUCCAAUGUUAUCUGUAUGCAAGAGACCCCGCGAACCCGGACGAGCCUGACGGCUGCCAUUACGCUUUUCCAUUACCCAUCUCUCCCGUCAUGUCACCGGUCGACCUCAGCCUCGUCCGGAUCGACACCUUGCCGACAGGGUUAGACAAUGAAGUCAAACCGCUGCAGCCGAUGAAAUUGGGUCCCCCCAACGAAUACAUCCCCGAAGCCCAGAAACAGCUCCGAACCGAUCUCAAACCACUCCGAGUGGUCCAGCCCGAGGGAGUAUCGUUUGUCGUCGACAAGUACUCGGACCUAGGCCGCACGAUAUCGUGGCAGAAAUGGGACUUCAAAGUCGGGUUCAACGCACGAGAAGGCAUGGUCAUCUACGACGUUCACUACGACGAGCAGCCCCUUUUUCAUCGGCUGAGCCUGUCAGACAUGGUCAUCCCUUACGCCGACCCGAGACCGCCCUACCAUCGCAAGUCGGCCUUCGAUCUUGGCGACGUCGGGGUAGGCUUGGUCGCCAACAACCUGAAACUCGGCUGCGACUGCCUCGGGUCCAUUUUCUACAUAUCCGGUCUGGUUAACGACACAAGGGGGAGGGCGGUUGAGGUCCCGAACGCUAUGUGUAUCCACGAACAGGACCAUGGCAUUCUAUGGAAACACACGAACUAUCGGACCCGCCGCGGCGUCGUCGUCCGGAACCGAGAGCUAGUAGUGCAGACCAUCUUAACCGUGGCUAACUACGAAUACAUCCUCGCGUGGAUUUUCAAUCUCAGCGGCGACAUUACGUACGAGGUUCGGGCUACGGGCAUUCUCUCCACGGUGCCGUUGGACCUAGAAUUGACGAAGACGAAGAAUCCCUAUGGGGUGGUGGUGCACUCGGGUGUCCUAGCGCCAUACCACCAACACUUUUUCUCGCUCCGGAUCGACCCUCGCAUCGCGGGGAGCGGGAACCAAGUCGUCUACGACGAGGCGUACGCGCUCCCCCGAGACGCAGACACCAACCCGCACGGGACAGGGUACACGGUGCGACGGAGCCAGCUGUCCAAGUCCGGAGGAUACGACGUAGAUGUGAGCAAAAGCCGAGUCUUCCAGAUCAUCAACCCCAAGGUGCGCAACGAGGUCAACGGGUCGGCGGUAGGCUACAAGAUCCACGUCCCGCCAAUGCAGUUCCUCCUGGCCGACGAUGAAUCCUACCACCAUCGGCGCGCCGAAUUCACCGACCACAACGUCUACGUGACCCGGCACGCCCCGGACGAAUUAUUCUCGGGCGGCACCUUCACUAACCAGAGCACGGGGGGCACCGGGGUCCGAAGCUGGGCAGCCCGCGGCGACGACCUAGAAGGAGACCCUGUUGUCUGGCUCAAUUUCGGUCUCAACCACAUUCCUCGCGUUGAGGAUUUCCCCUUCAUGCCCCAGGAGUCGAUUAAGGUCAUGCUCCGGCCGUCUAAUUUCUUCAAUAGGAACCCAGCCAUGGAUGUGCCCCCGAGCGAUCAGGCUAUCAACAGGAGCGUCUUGUUGAACUUGAAUCGGACGGGCUGUGAGAGAGGACAAAAUGUUGCUGCACAGGGGAAGGGCUCUGCUCUUUGA